ACAUAAAUAAACGCGCGCUAAUCAGGGCUCGACCAUGUCGCCGGCGAUUGCAACGUGUGGUUAAAGGCCUAACACAAUGGCAAAACAAUCAGAAGUCGACGAGGCGCAAAGAAGCUAAAAAGGAAGAAUCACUAGGAAAGUUCAUAAAUAAUAAUAUCAAAAUGGAAGUGCCAGUGCAUCCGCUGAGCCAGGACCCCACGGCCGCUUGGAGGGAGAUCAGCAAAACGCAGCGCGUGAUCAAGGUGACGAUGAAGCCACCGACCACCACGGUGGCGCCCAACAAGGCUCGAGUGGUUUGCAUGUCCGACACGCACUCCUUGACGCCCUACAUCAAGUUCGAUAUACCAGAUGGCGAUAUAUUCAUUCAUGCCGGCGAUUUCACCAAAUGCGGCCAACUGGAGGAGGUGGAGGAGUUCAACACCUGGAUUGGAGCACUGCCCCAUCGCCACAAGAUCGUGAUUGCUGGCAAUCAUGAGCUCAGCUUCGACAGAACCUUUACCCAUCCUUUCCAGAAGAGCAAAAGUCAUGCUUCGAGCAGCAAACACACGGGCAUGUCCAUCCUCGAUGAUCUGCCCACUCUGGGCAAUGCCAAGGAGAACUUGGAGAGCGCCGUGCAAACGCAGAAUGUCCGUGAUGUUCUGACCAACUGUCGGUAUUUGGAGGAUGAACUACUCGAGAUUUGGGGCAUUCAAAUUUAUGGAUCGCCAUGGCAACCCGAAUUUUGCCGCUGGGCCUUUAAUGUUCCACGUGGAACUGCCUGUUUGGAUAAGUGGAAUCAAAUACCGGAAGGCAUCGAUAUUCUGGUCACCCAUACGCCGCCCGUGGGUCACGGCGAUCUCUGCUGUUCCGGCGUACGAGCCGGUUGUGUGGAGCUUCUCAGCACAGUGCAGCAACGAGUGCGCCCAAAAUACCACGUCUUUGGACAUGUACACGAAGGCUACGGCAUCACAAGCGAUGGCAGGAUCAUCUUUGUGAAUGCCUCAACGUGUGACAUCAACUACCUACCCAACAAUGCCCCCAUCGUUUUCGAUGUGACGCUGCCCCCCGGAUUUCGCAAGGAUUAGCAUGCCUAGAUGAUUAUUUAUUGUGUCAGGUUCAAUGAAUUUAUUUUCGUCCCACUUUAUGUUUAAGUUAAGAUAUUUCGUCUGUAAAGAUUUUGAAGCACAAUUGUAGGUGUCUAGAGAGGUAGAAUUCAAUUCGCACGAAAUAAAUCCUCUUUACAGAAAGAUGCCAUAAAAUA